CGACAGUCGAGGAAUACUUGAACAGGUACUUGCCUUGGAUUUGUUUCACUACUCGAUGUACGUUGAUGUGUGCCUCAAAGAGUAGUGGGAGUUCGGUGUUGUAAGGAGUAAACAGCCAACUUGCCCAUCAUGACGAAGAAAGUAAGGGCCAUUUUCUUGAGGGCUCAUGUUUGAUGCAUAUCUUACUGUUGAUGGACCUCUUGCACUUCUAUAUUUCCUUUGAAAAUGGUCAAAUCACAGAGUAUUGUAUGGUGUCUCCAGCUAUGCCAAACAGCUCCUUCUGGUUUUUUACAAGAGCAUCUUAAUAGCGCUAUUACAAUUGUCAACAGCUAUAUUUGGGAACUUAAGAAGUUGUUUGCCUACUCUAAAAUCAAUCUAUAUAUUACACUGCUCGCUAAGAAUUACGCGGCUAAGGUUCGACGGGUGAUGAUGGCGUUGAAAAAGAUUGCCAGAAAAGUCAAAUACAUUGUCUCCAAGUCAUUCAACAAACUCUAUAAACAAACUCCGUCAAGACGACGACCCCAACAACCGCCACAACCACCGCUGCAUUCAUCCUCGCCUCCGCCGGUACUGUCCUCUUCUCCCGCUGCCGCACCCAUGUCUCCGCCUGCACCGGCGCACCGGCCUUUCGUCUUCCCACGAGCACAGUCCACCGUCCUCCCUGACCCCUCCCGUUUCUUCGCCGCCCACCUCCUCUCCAAGCCUCUCCCGACGAAUUCCUUCUUCCAGAACUUCGUCCUCAAAAAUGGCGAUCAGCCGGAAUACAUCCAUCCAUAUCUCCUCAAAUCCUCUCAAUCGUCGCUCUCUCUGUGUUACCCCUCCCAGUUCCGAAACCCUGCGUUCGUCUACCAGAUUUUCAAUUCGGAUCUCACCAUUUCCGCUCUGAACAAUGCGGACCCUAAUGCGGCCCAUGUGGUUUCCUCGUUCAGCGAUCUCAGUCUCACGCUCGACCUUCCCUCCAGCAAUCUCAGGUUCUUCCUCGUCAGGGGCAGCCCCUUCCUGACCUGUGAAGUAAACCGGAUAGUCCCGAUCUCAAUUUCAACCAUCCACGCGAUUCUAGAAUGUUCGCCCAAUGAAACUCAGACCAAAUACACGAUUAAGCUCAACAAUAACCAGACCUGGCUUCUCUAUGCCUCUUCGCCCAUCAAUUUGAGCCAUGAUUUGUCUACCAUCACUUCCGGGCACUUCCUUGGCGUGUUCAGGAUUGCUCUCUUGCCGGACUCUGAUCCGAUUUGUGAACCGGUUCUCGACGGGUUCAGUUCUUGUUAUCCCAUUGCAGGUGACGCCGUGUUCUCCAAGCCAUUUUGCUUGGAGUAUAAGUGGGAGAAAAGGGGAUGGGGAGAUCUGCUGAUGCUUGCUCAUCCCCUUCAUCUUCGUCUUCUUUCAGACGCCGGUUGUAGAUUCACCAUUUUAGAUGUGUUCAAAUACAGCAGCAUCGAUGGUGAUCUUGUAGGCAUUGUUGGGGAUUCAUGGCUCUUGAAGUGCGAUCCGAUUUCAGUGACUUGGCACUCCAUCAAAGGCAUCAAUGAGGAAUCACACGGCGAGGUAAUCGCUGCACUCAAUGCAGAUGUGCUCGCGCUGGAUUCUGCAAAAAUCCAGACUUCGUCGUCCUAUUUUUAUGGUAAGUUGAUUGCAAGAGCAGCAAGGCUGGCAUUGAUAGCUGAAGAGGUCUCACACUUUGACGCGAUUCCAACAAUCCGAAGCUUCUUGAAGGCUGCAAUUGAGCCCUGGUUGGAUGGAACUUUCAAUGCUAAUGGAUUCUUGUACGAUUCCAAAUGGGGUGGACUCGUGACCAGACAAGGCUUAACAGAUACAGGAGCAGAUUUUGGAUUUGGGAUCUUCAAUGAUCACCAUUAUCACAUUGGGUACUUUGUUUAUGCAAUCGCUGUGCUAUCCAAGAUUGAUUCGGCAUGGGGGAGGAAGUACAAGGGGCAGGCGUACUCUCUAGUUGCAGAUUUCAUGAAUCUUAGCAGGCAUUCGAAUUACACGCGGUUGAGGUGUUUUGACUUGUGGAAGCUCCAUUCUUGGGCAGGAGGGUUGACAGAAUUUGCAGAUGGGAGAAACCAGGAGAGCACGAGCGAGGCUAUAAAUGCUUACUAUUCUGCAGCUCUGAUGGGGUUGGCUUACGGCGACACACAUCUUGUAGCCGUUGGAUCCACACUCUCAGCCUUUGAAAUCCAAUCGGCACAGACUUGGUGGCACAUUAGAGAGGAUAACAAUUUGUACCCAGAAGUGUUUUCCAGGGAGAACCGCGUGGUGGGUGUUUUGUGGGCUACUAAAAGGGACAGUGGCCUAUGGUUUGCUCCUGCGGAAUGGAAGGAGUGCAGGCUGGGAAUACAACUUCUGCCAUUACUGCCCAUAAGUGAAGUUCUAUUCUCUGAUGCCAAGUUUGUGAAGCAGUUGGUUGAAUGGACAUUGCCAGCCCUAGCGAGGGAAGGGGUGGGAGAAGGGUGGAAAGGGUUCGUGUACGCGUUGGAAGGGGUUUAUGAUAAAGUUGGAGCGUUGGAGAAGGUGAGGGGGUUGAGAGGGUAUGAUGAUGGGAACUCAUUGACAAAUCUUCUAUGGUGGGUUCACAGUAGAGAUGAUGAUGGUGUUGAUGAAGGUGAUGAUGGGAGAAGAGGUAGCAGGUUCUGUUGGUCUCAUCACUAUUAUGGGCAUGGCUGAGUUUGUUUGGUUGAUGGCAAAACAGGGCAGCUGGGCUCCAGAACUCCAAAAAUCUGAAUUUGGUGGCUGAAAAGAACUACUCAUUAACAUAGUAAUAAAUAGGGUGAUGCUAGAAGUACACCAAAAUGGUAUAUCUCAUUUGCAUACCACGCAAACACAGACAUUAAGUGUUUGUGAUCACAGACAUUUAGUGUUUAUAUUUGCCUGGUGUACAAAUGGGGUAGGCUUAUUGUACGGAAUAUUACACAAUCUGAAGUGAUUUUAUCUAACACAAAUACAAUAUCUACAAGUUACUCCGUACUAGUCUAGCCAAAUUACGA